AAGCAGCCAUUAAAACAGAUUCAUAUUUCCCCCAGACAUGGGGUGACCGGCUAACAGCCAUUUUCGCAUGAUACAGUAUGCAAUGAUACAGGAGCAACACCAAAACCUUGGCGGUUGACUGAGACACAUUGAACCCACAGGAUACCCACUCGCCAUCUACAAGCUGAAGCGGAGGGGAAACCAUGGAUCACGGUAAAAGUUGGCACCUAAAUUUUCUACGAGCACCGGCUGCGGUUCUGCUUUGCUUUCUGGCGCUACGGCCCCUUUCGGUGGUAACCAAGAGUCUCCGAGUGAAAGCAGGAGAUAAACACGACGACUAUGAGUAUCAGUUGAUUUCGCAUUCGUCACAGUACCAGAAGAACGAUCGCUGCCCGCCUCCCCCACAGGCAUUGCCGGACAGAGCUUGCGAAGUUCCCAGUUGCAGGUCAGACUCUGAGUGUGAAAGGCACAAGCGCUGCUGCUACAAUGGUUGCAUUUACGUUUGUUUGGAAUCAGUGCAACCACCACCAGUUCUAGAUUGGUUGGUGCAACCAAAACCCAGGUGGCUUGGGGGCAAUGGAUGGCUACUUGAUGGACCAGAAGAAGUGCUUCAAGCUGAAGCCUGCAGCACCACUGAGGAUGGCGAUGAACCCUUGCAUUGUCCCACUGACUAUGAAUGUCACAUCACCAAUCCUGGGAAUCCUGCUGAAGGAAUUCCAAAUAGAGGACAGUGCAUAAAGCAAAGAGGAAAUAGUGAUGGACGAAAUUUAAGACCGAAAAUGUUCAAAGACUACAAAGAUUAUUUUGGGAUUAGCUCCAAUAAUGCUGUUGGCUACAAAAAGCACCAUCAUAAACAUCUGGGGUAGAGCUGCCUACAUGCCUGGUACAGCAAGAACCAUUCAAAGACACAAUGUGAACAAGAGCAUAUCUCUCUGUGAUUGUACACCCAUUUCAAAUGUUGUAAAUCUACAGGUAACCUGGAUUAUUGUUCGUAAACUAUAUCAUUAACUACUAAUCAUCAAGUAGAGUCCCCGAAUCUGCAGACAUGGUAAAGGCACGUUUGAGUUUCAAGUGUAUACAAUGUUAAAAAAAAAAAACAUAAUCUCAUAGCAAGAGAGUAAGCCACAAGUUGUUAAUCACUAGAAUUGCUGGAUGAUUUGCCCUUAACUUUCUUCUGAGCAUCGAGAAGUCAUUGGGUUUACUCAGCGAAUAUGAAUUAAAAAGCGCCAAAAAAUAACCACCAUUUAAUUAUGCAAUCCUGUUAAUUAGGACAUUGAACAUGGAACAUAGAAAUGUACAGCACAGGAACAGGCCCUUUGGUACAUAAUGUCUGUGCCGAACAUAAUGUCAAGAGAACCUAUCUCAUCUGCCUGCAUGUGAUCUAUUUAUCUCCAUUCCCUGCAUAUCCAUGUAGGUCAUUUAUGCUUUAACUGAAAAACCAGUUAGAAAUGUAAAAACAGUCAUUACUUAAAUGAUAGUUAUUUUGCACACUCGUUGUGAAUGUUUGUGUCUUGAUUCAGUGCUUCACCUGAUUAGAUUGAUUUGUUGAGGAAUGAGGCAAUUAUAUAUAAUGCUAAAUUAAUAUCUGGAGACCAGGAUUCAGAAAUCCCCAGCACAGCAAAAUCAAACCCUUAAAGCAUGCGUGUCUGCUAAUUUGCAAGUAGCUAGUAAUCACCAUACCACUUUCAUAAUGGAGGCAGCAGCUUCACUGAAUUCUAAAUUUCAUUAAUUAAAAAAUAGCAUGCACUUUGGGCAGCAGACAGCUUUAUUGAUAUUUAUGUUCCAUCAGCAGAAACGUCAACACUACAUUUGGGUAGUCAUUAUCUGAUAUUGCCCUGAUUGAUGGACUCCAUGAACUAACACUACAUUAAUCACUAUUUGGUGAUCAACAGUGUGGGCCUCUUUCCACACUGUAACACUCUAUGACUCUCUAUUACUCUAACUUUGUUUCGAUACGAUGAUGUUCAAGCUGCCAUGGCAGAAGUUGGAUAGCCAUUUUAAUCAUUACAUUUCACCAGCUAAAGAAUUAAUCUCAACUUUAGCACCAUUGCAAAUUCUGCUGUCAUGUGCCUCUGAAAAUUGGCGGCACAAAACAAUAGGAGCCGUGGAGUGAGGUUAAACAAUCAAUAAAUCAUGCGAUCAUUGUGUGGAGGUUCUCACCAGCAGAUUUUUGAAACUGAUAAUUGGUAAGGUCUUUUGUUACUAUCUGCAGUCGUGCCAAACAUAAUACAAAUCAAGUAACAAUAUGUCAAUUUGCUCAACAGAAAUCACCAUUAUAGACACAAAAUGCUGUAGUAACUCAGUGGGACAGGCAGCAUCUCUGGAGAGAAGGAAUGGGCAAUGUUUCGGGUCGAGACCCUUCUUCAGCUCUGAAGAAAAUGCUGGAGCAUCUCAGCGGGACAGGUAGCAUCUCUGGAGAGAAGGAAUGGGUGACGUUUCGAGUCUGAAGAAGGAUCGCGACCCAAAAUGUCACUCAUUCCUUCUCUCCAGAGAUGCUGCCUGUCCCUCUGAGUUACUCCAGCAUUUUGUGACUAGAUUCAGUUUAAACCAGCAUCUGCAGUUGCUUCCUACAGAAAUCACUAUUAGUUUGAACAAAGAAAUUAGCUAUUAAAAUGAAUUUAAAACUUAGGGUUCAUAGAGUACUGUAAUUAUAUAAUGUACAAUCAACAAAACAAAAUAUGUGCUAAGCACAGUAAGUCAAAUUAGUGCCCAUAAAGAAUAAAGUUCAAGUAAGCUAAUCUAUAUUUCUUUUAAGCACCGAUUUUGUUAAAUAUAUUCUCAAUAUCUCUAUUUAUUUAAACUCUAUUACAUGGUUGUUGCCUCUUUUUUUUUUAAACUUUCAUUUCUUGUAUCCUUCUUUAUUACAACUUAGUUUGUGAUGCAUUACAGACGGCCCGCCAUUUUACAGCCAUUUACAGUCAUGGAAAUUUGCCCUUAAAGAACUCACAAAUGACGACCCAAAAUUCUGACAUACGGUAUAAAAUUCACUCUUGAUGAAUCUAUAUAGGGUAAAAAAACAAAUCAAAACAUUUUUUUCCAACUCACAUUUCUUGAUGCAUUCACAGAUGAUGUGGCUUCAUGUUAUGGAAAAUUGAGAUAAGGCCCCAUUUCUAUUAAUCCCAACUAACCCCCAACUUCCCCGGUAAUGUGGACUUCACAUUCUCCAACAUUCUUUCAAUGAACCAUCCUUCCGAAUUUGCGUAAAUGGUUCAUUCAUUGCAUUCAAAUGAAGUAAAACAUUGGCUAUGGCAUGCUUAAUAUCCAUUCUGUGCUUAUUCCCAAAUAAGCAAUUGCAUUCAAAAGCUCUGAAGUUUCUUUUCAACUGAAAAGUUGAACCAGUUUAGGGAUUAUUUCUGUUUAAGAAUGAACUGCAGAUGCUGGAAAAUCGAAGGUACCUUGUCCCCUGCCCC